AAUCAGAAGAAACACGACGUGUGAUGUGAGUUCAUCRCAUCUAUAAUAGAAUAAAUAAAGCUAUUAUUUCCACGUUCUUUCUUGUUAAUGGGGUUGUAGCACAUUCAAAGUCACCUUUACACUUCCUGUGGCCUUCAACCUUUCAACAUGGAUGCAUCAUUUGAACAUGGAAGAAGAGUUUAUUGUGCCUUCAGUAUAUAAAAGCAGCUAAAUCCGAACCACAUCAGCUGUUAGGUGAGGUGAAAGUCAGAAGUACUGAGAGUGAAAACUGGCUACGAUGAUGUCCGUCUUCUCGGUCCUGUUCACCUUAGUGCUGUUCUCUGAUCUGAACAGCCACUUGGUCACUGCGGCUCUGUUCUCAGCUGAAGCAGAAGACGUCCCAACAGCAGAUCAAGAAAGUCUGGACUCGGUCCUUGGUGACGAGACCAUGGCUGAGCCAGUUUGGGUUCCCACAUUGGACAGACGGAACAUGAUGGUGGACAACAUAAAGGAAGAUGGGACUCCAAAAAUCCUCAUCAUUUCAGGCACCGGGCUGAGAGGACACGGUGUCCGUGGACUGAACCCAACCAUCUCCCGGAGCCGUCCUCUGAUCCCAAAACAAACCCGGAGCCACGUUCCUGAUGACUUCGCUUUGAAUAUAGAAAAACGAGAGAAAGACCUUGACAUGCUGCGAUGUAUGAUUGGAAGAGUAUACCGACCCUGUUGGGAAACAAAAGACUUUCCUCUACUUUCUGCUGAGCAUUGAACAUACUUUGGAAGUUCCCUCAUUAUUUGUUACACUGAAGUGUUGUAGAAAAUACAGGAGAACAAGCAUGUAAAACCAAAUAAAGUUUAUUGAAAAYGAAGUCUAUGUUGUAAUUUUACAAAGCUCAGAAAAGGUCAAACUGUACAAGUGAUUAUUUCCUUCAUUACGUAUUAGCGCACUGAAGAAGCAUUUUCCAUGCUAAACAGUACAACGCUACUUUAACCUAGAAAAAUUAUAAAUCAAUACAAUAAAAAAAUAAAUAAGCAUCAGCCAAACCCACUAAAUAAUUAUUUGAAAAAAUAUAUAAUAAUAAUAAUACAAUUCUUUUUCAAGUUAGAUGUUGGAUUGCGAACAAAACUAUCCAUCUCAUACUACUUACGUUCUUUACUUGAUCCCAGCUUGCAAUAAUGAGUUAGACAUAAUGUUUAUCAGAAUUCAAUUAAUAAAGGUUAAAUAAGAAGCUAAUGCCUGCAACAUGAGCAAUGAACAUAUUUUGGACAUUACUAUCAUUCAGUUUUGCUGUUACGCAAUAAAAUUUAGUUGCCGUUUCACARUUGCCUAAAACAGGCAUAAUUGGCUAAUGGCAGCUAACUCAGAUUUGUUUUUCUACUUUGUAAACAAGCAGGGUAAAAUGAGUAGCUCUGUUGGCGUAGUUUCCUGCUUAUUUGUAGUUUUAUAGUCAGACAUAAAAAGUUGUAAUGGUCUUGUCUUUACACUAUGAUUACUAUUGUUCCAAAAAUGGUAAACUGUAACUUCACUAGCAGGUAAUUAGCAGUUCCUCGCGGCUUUAGAUUUUUAGGAGAAUCAGUGCUCAACUUAUGUUAAUUUUGAAGUUUAUAAUAAACACAAAGAGGUACAAUUUAAAAUAUCAAAUGUUCUUAAACAACCAUUUUACCCUGCUUGUUUACAAAGUAGAAAAACAAAUCUGAGUUAGCUGCCAUUAGCCAAUUCUGCCUGUUUUAGGCAACUUUGAAACGACAACUAAUUUUCAUUGCGUAACAGCAAAACUGAAUGAUAGUAAACAUUUCAUUAAACUUUUGAAAAAUGAAAAAGUGACAAAAUGUAAGAUAAUUAAAUAGUGUUUUGGAGGGGUCAUGCACCAAAAUGUGCCAGAGGGUGAAAUCAACUAUUAAGUUAAUUUUCACAAACAUUUUAAAACCCAAUUGUGUUACAGUUUGUUGAAAGUGAAGUCUAAACCCU